AUAUUGGCCUCUCACUUCAUCGCAAUCCUCUCUCAGUGAAAGGUCGCUGAGAGCCUCCCUCCAUCCUCGCCGCCUCCUUCUCCUUCUUUUCUCCUCGGUGUUUUUGGCGAAUAUCUUUCAUUUUUAGAACUCUGUUGUGGUAGCAUUUAAAAGUAGUCAAAAUGGUGAAGUUCACAGCCGAUGAGCUUCGCAGGAUUAUGGACAUGAAACAUAACAUUCGUAACAUGUCUGUCAUUGCACAUGUCGAUCAUGGGAAGUCCACACUUACCGAUUCUCUCGUGGCUGCUGCUGGUAUCAUUGCUCAAGAAGUUGCUGGUGAUGUCCGGAUGACAGAUACCCGUGCGGAUGAAGCUGAGCGUGGCAUCACCAUCAAGUCUACCGGUAUCUCUCUCUACUAUGAGAUGACUGCCGCGUCACUCAGUAGCUACAAGGGAGAACGGGCAGGGAAUGAGUACCUCAUUAAUCUCAUUGAUUCGCCUGGGCACGUUGAUUUCUCAUCUGAGGUCACAGCUGCUCUUCGCAUUACUGAUGGUGCACUUGUGGUGGUUGAUUGUGUUGAGGGUGUCUGUGUCCAAACAGAAACUGUCCUCCGACAGGCUUUGGGUGAAAGGAUCCGACCAGUCUUGACUGUUAACAAGAUGGAUAGGUGCUUCCUUGAGCUUCAAGUUGAUGGGGAGGAGGCUUACCAAACAUUCCAAAGAGUGAUUGAGAAUGCAAAUGUCAUCAUGGCCACAUACGAGGAUCCCCUCCUUGGUGAUGUUCAGGUGUACCCUGAGAAAGGAACAGUUGCUUUCUCUGCUGGGUUGCACGGGUGGGCUUUUACUCUGACCAACUUUGCCAAAAUGUAUGCUUCCAAAUUUGGUGUAGAUGAGGCUAAGAUGAUGGAACGUCUCUGGGGUGAAAACUUUUUUGACCCUGCCACCAAAAAGUGGACCACCAAGAAUACUGGCUCUGCUACUUGCAAGCGUGGGUUUGUUCAGUUCUGCUACGAACCCAUUAAGCAGAUCAUCGCCACUUGCAUGAAUGAUCAGAAAGACAAGCUGUGGCCCAUGUUGCAGAAGCUUGGUGUCACCAUGAAGUCCGAUGAGAAGGACUUGAUGGGGAAGGCAUUGAUGAAGCGCGUCAUGCAGACCUGGCUUCCAGCAAGCAGUGCCCUCCUGGAAAUGAUGAUAUUUCAUCUUCCAUCUCCUGCUACGGCUCAGAAGUAUCGUGUUGAGAACUUGUACGAGGGACCCCUUGAUGAUCAAUAUGCUAAUGCUAUUAGGAACUGUGAUCCUGAGGGGCCUCUUAUGCUCUAUGUGUCCAAGAUGAUUCCCGCAUCUGACAAGGGAAGGUUCUUUGCCUUUGGUCGUGUGUUUGCCGGGAAAGUCUCAACUGGGUUGAAGGUUAGAAUCAUGGGUCCCAACUACGUCCCUGGAGAGAAAAAGGACUUGUAUGUUAAAAGUGUACAGAGAACUGUCAUUUGGAUGGGAAAGAAGCAGGAAACUGUAGAGGAUGUUCCAUGUGGGAAUACGGUUGCUUUGGUUGGCUUGGAUCAAUAUAUCACCAAGAAUGCGACCUUGACAAAUGAGAAGGAAACCGAUGCCCACCCAAUCCGAGCAAUGAAGUUCUCAGUCUCACCUGUUGUUCGUGUGGCUGUGCAGUGCAAGGUUGCCUCUGACCUUCCCAAGCUUGUUGAAGGUCUGAAACGUCUCGCUAAAUCUGAUCCUAUGGUUGUCUGUACCAUUGAGGAGUCUGGGGAGCACAUCAUUGCUGGUGCUGGAGAGUUGCACCUUGAGAUCUGUUUGAAGGAUUUGCAGGACGAUUUCAUGGGUGGGGCUGAAAUUAUUAAGUCAGAUCCUGUUGUGUCCUUCCGUGAGACAGUUCUUGAGAAGUCUUGCCGAACUGUGAUGAGCAAAUCACCAAACAAGCAUAACCGUCUAUAUAUGGAAGCUAGACCCCUGGAGGAGGGGCUUGCCGAGGCCAUUGAUGAUGGACGUAUUGGUCCAAGGGAUGACCCGAAGAUCCGAGCUAAAAUCUUGUCUGAGGAGUUCGGUUGGGACAAGGAUCUUGCAAAGAAAAUCUGGUGCUUUGGCCCUGAAACCACUGGCCCCAACAUGGUUGUUGAUAUGUGCAAGGGAGUUCAAUACCUCAAUGAAAUCAAGGAUUCUGUAGUUGCUGGGUUCCAAUGGGCAUCAAAGGAAGGUGCAUUGGCUGAAGAAAACAUGAGGGGUAUUUGCUUUGAAGUUUGUGAUGUAGUUUUGCAUGCUGAUGCUAUUCACAGGGGUGGUGGCCAGGUCAUUCCCACUGCUAGGAGGGUUAUUUAUGCUUCCCAAAUAACUGCUAAGCCACGCCUUCUGGAGCCUGUCUACAUGGUGGAGAUCCAGGCACCAGAGCAAGCCCUUGGUGGAAUCUACAGUGUGCUGAAUCAGAAACGUGGCCACGUGUUCGAGGAAAUCCAGAGGCCGGGUACGCCACUCUACAAUAUCAAGGCAUACCUUCCAGUUAUCGAGUCUUUUGGAUUUUCAAGCACUCUGAGGGCAGCAACUUCAGGGCAGGCCUUCCCACAAUGUGUUUUUGAUCAUUGGGAUAUGAUGUCAUCCGAUCCAUUGGAAUCUGGAUCACAGGCAUCAGCCCUUGUUGCAGACAUCCGCAAAAGAAAGGGUUUGAAGGAGCAGAUGACACCACUCUCUGAGUUUGAAGACAAGCUGUAAGUUGUCAAAUGAUUCAAUACCAAGCGACAAGGUUCAAAAUUCAUGAGAGAGGUGAUGAAGAAAGUAAUGUUUUUUGUUGGUUGUUUUUUUGUUUUUUACUUUUUCAUUUUUCGAAUAUUCGACUGUGGAGUAGCAUUUAAUUCCCUGGAGUUUAAUGCCCCGGGUCUUAUUGUUAUGUUUACGUUUUAGAUGCUGUCUUACAUGGACAAGGUUAUGUUUAUUUAUGUGCUUUGUUUCCCUGAACAAUUUCUAUCUCAGUAUAUCUAUACUUGUUUUCAGGUGAUGA